GGCGCCAUUUUCGAGUGGACUCGGAGCUCCCAUGCGGCGGCGGUCGGAGGCACCGGCAGGAGGAGCUGUGCCCCAGGUGAGGGCAGCUGCUCGAAGAGAUGGAAGCAGUGACCCUCCCCAGGCGCAGCCCUUUGCAGUGCUGUUGCAGAACCAGGGCUGGAGCAGUGCAGGGCUGCUCUGCUGCAAACCCGGUUGCAGGCUGAUAGCACCGGGAAGGAAAAAACCCAAAGCAACACAAAAGUCCCGAGGUAUGUGUUUAAUGAAGGAAUAUUCGUCACUCUUCACUGUUGCCAGAACAGGAGAAGGGACAGCACUCAGAGCGUUCUCUCUGAAAUCCAGUUUGGUUAUAGCAUAUGCCAGUCUUCCUAAAGCUUUCCCUCAGGCCUUCAUCAUCUCCCAUAGACAGCACUGUAUUGACAGAAAGCUCUACAGAGGUAACAAACGUGGAGCCUGCCUUCACUGCCAGAAGCACUAAUGAAAUACGUUGCUGAGAAGAGAAUCUGGAGAGCACUUCAGUGUACACAGUGAGUGGCAUAGAUGUGUGGGGCGUAUUUUAAAGAGACAGCCUUUAUUUAAAGUACUUUGCUUUGUAGUUCUUAUAAAGUAAACAUUACAUUUUUUUUUCCCACAAAUAUAUUAAAACUGUUUAAAUUUAAAAGGCAA